AGUCUAAACAUCUGAUGAGGCCUAAAGGUGAUGGGGAAACAGGGCAGUGUGGGGGUGGUGAGUGUGAAACAUUGGAGCAUCUGGUAUUAUUAUGCCCUUUAUAUAGUCAACAAUGAAAGAAAAUGACUGAUUUUUUGACAUUGCAGAACACUAAGACAGAGUUAAAGAAGUUUUAUUCGUUUUAUUUGGGCUAGGGGUGUGGGUUGUCAGAAGUAGAGCAGGUUUUUUUUGUUUUCUUGAGACGGGAGAAUAUAGUUUUUUUUCUUUCGGAAAAAGGUAUAUAGCCAUAGGCAAGCAUGGUAGGUGGCAGUAGUGCGCAAAUUAUAGGCCGCAAGCUGCCAUUAAAACAAAUAAUAAGAAGAAGAACAAGCGGAAAAACAAGCGGAAAAACGAAGCCUUCUGCGACAUCUGGUGUCUUUUUUCCGUCAUUUUAGAGGUUCGCUCAAAGAGCUGCUGGAUUUUGAUCAGGACAUAAAUGGAUCAUUACAGACUCGAAGUGAAAGAAGAAGACGUGGAUGCUUAUCAAGACCAGAACAAAAGCGAUACGGAGCAGCAGGGUCUGAGUUUAACUAAGCAGGACCGGUCCACUAACACAGUAAAGGAGGAGCAACAGGACGUGUCCACUCACCCAAUAAAAGAGGAGCAGCAGGAGCCAGGUUUAACCGAACAGGAGCGGUCCACUAGCAGAAUAAAGGAAGAGCAGCCGGACCUCGAUCACGCUGCUCCCACAGAUCAACAGAAACUCAAAAGAAGAAGGACUUUGAGGCUACAUUCCUGUCAGCAAUGUGACCAAGCCUUCACCAGAUCAUCAGAGCUAAAGAAACAUGAGAAGAUUCACUCUGGAGCAAAACCAUACAGCUGUGACCAGUGUGGCAAAACCUUUACUGCAAGAAGUGGCCGAAAGACCCAUCACAAAAUCCAUACAGGAAAAAGACUGUACACCUGCAAUGAAUGUGGAGCAGCUGUCCACAGGUCAAAGGAUUUGAAGAUCCACUGUAAUGAUCACACUAGGGAGAAACAUCACUCAUGUGCAGAGUGUGGAAGAGCAUUUCCCCAUCUUAGUGCUUUACUGAGACACCAACGUGUUCACAGUGGAGAGAAACCUCAUUCAUGUGAACAGUGUAGUAAAUCAUUCUCUCUUCUCAGCAACUUAGUGGCACACCAACGUAUUCACACGGGAGAGAAACCUCACUCAUGUAAAUUCUGUGGUAAAUUGUUCUCUCAGCUUGGUCACUUACAGAGACACCAUCGUGUUCACACUGGAGAGAAACCUCACUCAUGUCAACAGUGUGGUAAAUCGUUCUCUGAGGUUAGUCACUUACUGAGACACCAACACGUUCACACUGGAGAGAAACCUCACUCUUGUGCACAGUGUGGUAAGGGAUUCUCUCUCCUCAGUAAUUUAAUAACACACCAACGUAUUCACACUGGAGAAAAACCUCACUGUUGUAAACUUUGUGGAAUAUCUUUCUCGGACCACAGUAGCUUACUGAGACACAAACGUGUUCACACUGGAGAGAAACCUCACUCGUGUGUGCAGUGUGGUGUAUCAUUUGCUCAGCUCAGUCACUUAUUGAGACACCAACUUAUUCACACUGGAGAGAAACAUCACUUAUGUUCACAGUGUGGAAAAUCAUUCUCUCACAGAUGUAGUUUGCUGACACACCAACGUGUUCACACUGGAGAGAAACCUCACUUUUGUCAACAGUGUGGUAGAGCGGAUUCUGAUCUAAGUAACUUACUGUCACACCAACAGAGACACACUGGAGAGAAACCUCACUUCUGUGAAAAGUGUGGAAAACUGUUCUCUCAGCUCAGUGGUUUAGUGUCACACCAACGUGUUCACACUGGGGAGAAGCCUUAUUGGUGUGAACAGUGUAAUAAAAAGUUCUCUGAACUGAGUAAUUUACUUAGACACCAACGUGUUCACACCAGAGAGACUCUCAAGUCAUGUAAACUGUCGAAAAGCACUCUCUUAACUCCGUAGGUUACUGACACGCUAACAUAGUUACAUUGGAGAGAAAACUAUCUAGUGUGAUGAGUGUGGAACCAAAUUCACUUCUUCUUCCAAGCUAAAUGAAUAUCCAUGUAUUUACACUAGAGAAAGACCAAAUUCAUAUUGAAGCUGUUGAAACCUAACAAAGUACCAGCAAAUUCACACAAGUCUUUGCAUCAUCCCGAAACAUCAGACGUCACAGAACAUCAGGAUUAGGGUGGACAGAAGUCUUACCAACAGUCUCUCUCUCUCUCUCUCUCUCUCUCUCUCUCUCUCUCUCUCUCUCUCUCUCUCUCUCUCUCUCUCUCUCUCUCCAUCCAUCCAUCCAUCCAUCCAUCCAUCCAUCCAUCCAUCCAUUUUUCUCCUAAUUGUUAAUAAAAAUGACCUGAUAUUGAUUUAAUGACCAGAUGACAUUACUUUUGACUUGCGGUUUAACAGAAGUAAAGUGGUUUACCUAUCGCUCCCUCUACAUUAAUACAGGUUUUGUAUAGAACAUCCGUAUGGUUCUGUCAAAGACAUUUGCUAUAUUCUGUCAAUCUGAUGUAUUUCAGCAGUUGCUACUGACUCAAAGUCAUGUAUCAAAAUAUGAACAAGAAGAGUCCUGCACAUUAAAAUCAUUGUAAUAGAAAUUUUACAUUUAUAAUGAGUUACUUUAAAAUAUUUAUUAUUUUAUAUACUCAGCAUAAUUAUAUACUGUAUGCUUUACUGUGCAUGCCCAUCCAUAAGUAAUAUAUGAAAUACAUCAGUUUUCACCUUUGCAUUUGACAGAGAGACAGCUGCUUAGGUUUCCUGUUAUCUCUACACUUGGACAUACAGUAUUUUGUCUGUGGGUGAAAAGCAGGCAGUCGUUUGUUAAAUGUACUUUAAAUACGAUGCUAAGGUUCCUGUUCUCUCUGAAGAAUGCAUAGCUGAGCCCAAAUAGAAAUGUCAGCAGUUUAGCCUAUACAGUAGAUAGUAAACGUAACCCUGUUGGGAGAUGUUUAGGUAAAGCACAGAAUGGGCAUGCGCGUAGUGCUAGGAGCAGAGACAUACAUUUCAAAGCAUCCUCGAUGAACACUAUGUGUGUGCAUUAACUUUGCUUCUCCUCCCUGUAACUGCAGAAAUAAUGUUGAUAAAGACAACUUUUUGAAUUCUACUCUUUUCAAUGAUCAGAGGCUCUGUGCUAUUUUUUCCAUAACAAUCAGCAGCAGCAGCAGCAGCAUCACUGGAGUGAUGCGUCUCCACUGUUAAGUAGUGUCCUCAUGACGAAUUAAAUAUUGUUUUCAUGUUUUAUUUCAUUAUUACUAUUAUGCAAACAGGUGUCCCCUAUACAUGUUUAUGGUGAAAAUGUGUUGUCUCUGUUCGAAUACAUUUACAGUGUGAUUAAAACAAAAACAAAAGUGUGUUGAAA